AUGAGCAAACCAUCAAAGAACACAGAAGUAGGAUCAAUUGCGAUGCUUUCGAGGCUUAGAAUCUGUGGAAUUGCCAAUGCUGGUCGUGGAUUUCCAGUGACCCGCGGUCACAGAAGGACUUUUAAGACAGAGGCCACUCCAAGUCCUCCAAAAUUGCCAAAGGAAGAGCAGGAAGAGUUUGAAAGAUUGCAGAAAAUCGCCCAGUCACAGGAAGCUAUCGAUGCUUAUAAUCGGGAGAUAGAGGGAGACGCCACGAAGGAAAGCUUGAACUCGCCAAUGCUGACCAAAAAUGAGAUUGGGUCUUUCUCACCAGAGUUUUCGAAGACGUUGCCUGAGUUUGAGGGGGAUAAGAACCCUGAGACUGGCGAGAUUGGUGGUCCUAAGCAGGAUCCGCUGAGACAUGGAGAUUAUUCGUUCAACGGAAGGGUGACUGACUUUUGA